UUAUUAUCCAAGAUUCUGCCGCAAUUUCUGGAAGACAUUUAUCGCAAAGCUCUUUUUCUGAAGGCCGGAACUCCAGAUUUCCGAAUUUUGUUGACACUUCUUCGUUUUUAAGUAAACCCACAUACGUGUUUCGUUUCGCCAACUAUGCAACUGAUAAUAACAACGACGGGGGCCCUGAGGAUGAUAUAACUGACGAAACAUCGCCGAAAGCCCCACCGAAAGACAAAAACCCCACAGUUUUAUCCUCAAACGACAAAGGGGGUUCCAAAGAGGGUUCUGGAGGGAAAUCCUCUAGUGGGUUAAGCGGGGGUAAAAGUGGGGGCAGAAAGAGGGGUGCAGGGAGUAAUCAGUUCACUGGGAUACUUUGCCCCAGCUGUGGAAGUCCCUGCGUCAAAACUGACACUGUUGCUUCAUCAAGAUUUGUCCGAUGCUCCAACUCGGAAUGCAGCAAUUUGUUCACCCUCGACAGUCACCCACAACCCCAAACAAACCCCAACCCAACUGAAACUGUCUGGGAUCAAAAACCACCCCCGCCACCUAGAAAAAUUUGUGAAUUCUUGGACAAAUACGUUGUGGGCCAAAGUCACGCCAAAAAAGUCCUGUCAGUUGCUGUGUACAACCAUUAUAAAAGGAUAUAUAAAAACAUACCAACUAAUAAACAACCUAAUGCUACAGCAAGCCAAGCAGAAGGACCGCAUAUGUAUUCUUCAAGAGAUGUUUAACAUAUCGCGGGAAUGCCCCACAAAGUACCGAGUCAUGGACGUGACGAGUCAGCAACUUCUACGAAGAAUGAUGCGGGUAAAAUGAAAAACCUGGAAGAUGAGUCGUCCCCGAUUACCCUCGAAAAAAGCAACAUCGUUAUGCUGGGACCUACUGGUUCAGGUAAGACAUUACUGGCACAAACGUUAGCGCGAUGUCUUGAUGUCCCGUUCGCGAUAUGCGACUGCACGACGCUUACACAAGCCGGGUACGUGGGGGAGGACAUUGAAUCAGUGAUCGCUAAGUUGUUACAAGACGCAGGGGGUCAUGUCGAAAGAGCUGAACAGGGGAUUGUUUUUCUUGACGAAGUUGAUAAAAUAAGCAGCGUGCCGGGAAUCCACCAACUACGAGAUGUUGGAGGGGAGGGUGUACAGCAGGGUUUGUUAAAAAUGUUGGAGGGGACCGUGGUAAAUGUACCCGAGCGAAACUCUCGUAAAUUACGCGGAGAUUCAGUUGUCGUGGAUACCACGAACAUCUUAUUUGUUGCGUCCGGCGCUUUUAACGGACUCGAAAAAUUCAUUUCAAGGAGAAUGAAUGAAAAAUCUCUGGGAUUUAGCCUUCAUUCUAAAACAUCAACAACGAAAAAAGAUGAAAUUUUUAAACAGACCUUGGGUUUUGAGCAACAACUUUUAAAAUCAGCUAUCGAAGAAAACAAAGAAAGAGAUGAAUUGUUGAAACAUACAGAAGCAAGUGAUUUAGUUGAAUUUGGAAUGAUACCAGAGUUUGUGGGAAGGCUUCCCAUCACCGUUCCUCUGCAUAGUUUAUCAAAUGAACAUCUGACUAAAAUAUUAACGGAACCAAGGAAUGCUGUGGUUCCGCAGUUUGAGGCAUUGUUUAACAUGGACAAGUCUGAUCUUGCCAUCACACCAUCUGCAUUACGUGCCAUCGCUGACUUGGCUUUGGAACGAAAAACUGGAGCCAGGGGAUUGAGGUCUAUAAUGGAACAACUUAUGCUGGACCCGAUGUAUGACGUACCAGGAAGUGACAUCAUUGGUGUUUGUAUCGAUGAUGACGUAGUCCGAGGGAAAAAAUCGCCGCAUUAUAUACGGAAGCCGGCAGCGGACGACAAUGAAACUUCAUACGAAGUUGCGCACGCCCCCGCUUCGCAAAUCACUGAAAAAACUGAACCUGUAGCGGUAGCGGCAGUUUCGGAUUAAUUAGUACUGCAAUAUUAAGAUGUUUGUUACUUCUGCCGCCAGGUGUAAUGUGAAUUACGUUUUUUUCGGCUUAUCUGGUAAAAAAACUUAAUUUUUCUCUAGCGUUUCGACUGGUAUUUAAAAAGUCUUUUUUUGGUUAUAAAAUAAAUGUUUUUAAAUACCAGAUAUGCCAAAAAUACUGUUAAAAAUAUCACUGCGUUUUUUUUCCUGGUAUUUGGGGUUUUUAGACGGAAUUUUCACGUUUUACAUAAUAUUGAAUCUAGGUGGAAAUUUUCGAGACUUUUAUUGAGAAAUAUCCGUUUAGAUAGGCCCGUGUUGUUUAAGUUUUUGAAAAUUUUUCAUGUUUUUCUGAAACAGGAUUCGUUUUUCGUUUUCAUUUUGUACAUUUCUUGUAUUUGAGUAAAGCAGACUUGAUUAAAUAGAAAUAUCUGCACUGUCGUUUUUUCACAAUACAUUUCCGCGCAGAUAUUUCUUUGUUCAACAUUAAGCACAGUUACGUGUAUUGUGUUGGUCGUUAUUUUUCUUGUAGGAGAUUCCUGUAAAUUGAACGUUCGCUAUUUAUAAACCAUAUACGUUGUAUCAACAUAUUAAAAGAUUAUGCUGUAAAACCAAACCAAAUAAAGCUAGAAUGAAUGAA